AGAAUAAAUUAAGUGACGUCACGCAGUGUAGCCACCGGCGCGCCUUCUGGAGAGCGAAACGAUCAACCGCUGUGUUCACAUCAACAAGAGUGAAAUUGUGAAACGCCAUGGCUGCAGAUGAUAUAGGACAGUUAGCCGAUGCGCUGUCCAGGACCCACGUCGGAGAUGGAGAAUUGAGCUACCAAGGCCGAGGACUGAAGCUUGACAACGCAGAGUCAGUGGCAGGCUUGGUGACAGAGAUCGCUCAGUACCAGGGACUACGUGCCCUGCGUUUGGAAGGGAACACCAUUGGAGUGGAGGCGGCACAAGCCAUCGCCAAAGCCCUUGAAGACAAAGACCAACUUCAGAAAUGCCAUUGGAGCGAUAUGUUUACCGGAAGGCUGCGUGCUGAGAUCCCGACAGCGCUGCGGUCCCUGGGCAGUGCCAUCACGAGUGCAGGGGCCCGCCUCUCAGAGCUGGACCUGAGCGACAACGCCUUCGGGCCGGACGGAGUGAAGGGCAUCGAGCAGCUGCUAAUGAGCUCCUCCUGCCACUCACUGAAGGUGCUCCGCCUCAACAACUGUGGCAUGGGCAUCGGAGGGGGCAAGAUCCUGGCAGAGGCUCUGACUGAGUGCCACAGACGUUCUUCAGCCCUGGGUGCUCCACUCAGGCUCCGGGUGUUUAUCGCUGGGAGGAAUCGCCUGGAGAACGAAGGAGCCAGUGCCCUGGCUAAGGCCUUUAAGCUGCUGGGCAGCCUGGAGGAGUUGCAUGUGCCCCAGAACGGCAUCAACCACCCUGGCAUCAGAGCGCUGGCUUCGGCCAUGCAGCACAACCCCCACCUCCGCGUGCUCAACCUCAACGACAACACCUUCACCAAGAGAGGGGCUCUGGCCAUGGCACAGGCUCUGAGGCAUCUGAAGAACAUCCAGGUGAUCAACUUCGGCGACUGUCUGGUCCGCACAGAGGGAGCCAUGGCCCUGUCCGCCGUCCUGAGGGAGGGGCUGCCCAUCCUCAAGGAGCUGAACCUGUCCUUUGGAGAGAUCACCGAGCCUGCAGCUCUGCUGCUGGCCCAGGCGGUGCUGAACAAGCCCCAGAUGGAGAAGGUGGAUCUCAACGGGAACUGUCUUGGAGAGGAGGGAUGCGAAGCGCUGAGGGAAGCCAUGGAGGUCAUGGACAAAGCGGACAUGUUGGCAUCGCUCAGCGACGAUGAAGGAGAACCCGAUGACGAGGAUGACAAUGAGGAUGACGAUGAUGAUAAUGAGACUGAUGAAGAUGACAACGAGACUUUUGAAGAUGAGGAGAAGGAGAAUCUGGAUGAGGAAGAGGAGCACAGCAAGGAAAACGGAGUGAACUGUAAUGGGAACUCACCCAGUAGCAAACUUCAGAGCCCCACAAAGAUAGCAUCGUACCUCUGCAGCCCCUCUUCAGAGAAGGAGCUGGACCUUGAAGACAAGACCGCCAGCCUAGAGCACCAGGUGGACGCCGAUGACCCCGAGAGGGCGGCAGACGUGCUCCUGAAGAUCUCCGCCUCGUACAAGGAGGAGGCCGAGUCCGGGGAGGCCCUUCUGGAGGCCGUGGACGCCGUGCUGAAGACCAUGCUGUCGGCCUCGCUGCUUCAGUCCACCUGCUUCCUCUCCACCCUGCUGGUCCACAUGGGACUGCUUAAGGGUGAGGGGAAGGUGAAGAGGGUUCCGGUGGUGUCCGCCCAGCUGUCCUGUCUCACCCAUGCCGUCCAGCAGCCCUACUUCCAGCAGCACCACGCCCUGCUGCUGCACACGGUCCUCUGCAGGAACGGCAAGGCUCUGAAGUCCUGCAGCAGCGCCCUGGAGGGCCUGCAGGACGCGCUGAAGAGGAGGUGCAGCGCAGACCACUGAGACACACACACACACCACUGAGACACACACACACACACACACACCACUGAGACACACACACACACACACACACACACACACACACACACACACACACACACACACACACACACACACACACACACACACACACACACACACACACACACCGACUGAAGGACAAUUUCUUGUAACGACUAAGCUCUAAGAGUCUUCAUACUUAAGCAAAAAAGUCUGAACAAACACUUGUUCCGACUUUUUUUUUUUUUUUUUCACGAAAUCACUCUUCCUGGUUUGUUUUUGUUUUGUAAAUGUUCAUACAGCCUCUAUUUUUUUAUAUAAAGGAAGAAGAUCGGAAGGAAAUAAAAUGUAAAAGACACAGAAGCUUGUAAUGUUAACUGUGCCUUCACUGCCAGUCGUCCUCCCUUAAAGCGGUUUGUUCUGACAAUCUGAAAGCCGUCCAUGUCUAGAAUUGUCCCUAUCACACUUGUUUCUUCACAUCGUGGCUUCUCUAAUUUGUGUUUUUGUUUGAUACCGCUAACUGCGUCCAAUCAUCGUAUCAGGGGGCCACGGUAACAAAGACAGAAAGGGAAAGACUGUUCAUAUCUGUACUCGGUCACAGUCAUCAGGGCUAUGGUCGUAUAGGGGGCUGGGGGGGUUGAUCCAGUUCAGAGUGUUCUGUGUGCAUCAGACUGUGAGCAGGAAUGGACUGCAUGCAUGAGCAUUCUCAAUCUCCCAGCCCCACCACACACACACACACACACCCCUACCCCAUCUCUCAUCCCCUACCCCACUGCUCAACCCUUUAUGGACCUGAAUCUACGGUAUGCGUGCACAUGGUCCAGCCACUGUAAACAGUCUUAACACUGAAAUGCCCCCAGACACCGGCGGACAACUCAACCACAUGUGUACAUCUUUGUCAUGCGGGGAAUAACCUCACUUCACAUACAUGGGAAUAUGUAUGGAGCCAGGUGCUCCGUUAGGUGUGUUUCUAUACUCUUCGCUCUCCUUCACCACGUUACCUCUCAAUUAAUUGUAUGUCUUGUGUUUUGAGAUGUUGAGGAGAAAAUGGUCACAACAUGGAGUGUAAUGUUAAUGUUGUAACCUGACAAACAUUAAAGGCAGACUACCAUUGAUCCAUGUGGCG